UCGCAUCAUGGUGCGAGGACCAUAUAUAGAGCCCUUGUUCGAUCUACUACAAGUAUGUGCAGUACGUGCGCGUCUCUCCCUCACUUUCGCCCUUCCUCAUAUGGAGUACUUCACGCUCCCAUAUUACUACCACUUCGGCCUAUGCCUCUUCCUGUCUAUCCUCUUCCAUGGCGUCCUACGCGCCACCGCCAAGCAGCCCCGCCUGAGGCUGCCUCCCGGCCCGUGGCAGCUUCCGAUCAUCGGCAGCCUGCACCACCUGCUGCGCGGGCUCCCACACCGCACCAUGCGCGACCUGUCCCUUCGCCACGGCCCGCUCAUGAUGCUCCGGGUAUGCGAGCGCGUGGCCAUCGUCGUCUCCUCCGCCGAGGCCGCAAGGGAGAUAUACAGGGGCAACGAGGCCGCGUUCUCGGAGCGGCUAACCAGCCCGGGCAUCGACGAGCUCUACAGGCAUGGCCAGGGGAUUGUCUUCGCGCCCUACGGCGACCACUGGCGCCUGCUCCGCCGGAUCCUCAUGAUGGAGCUGCUCAGCGCGCGGCGCGUCGAGGCGUUCCGACGGAUCCGCGAGGAGGAGGCGGCCCGCCUCGUCUCGACGAUCCAAGCGACGUCUUCGCCGUCCGACGGCCGGCUCGUGAACAUCGACGAGCGGCUCGACGAGUUCAUGACAGACUCGGCCGUACGCGCCAUCUUCGGGGACAGGCUGCCCGACAGAGGCGCGUUCCUGAAGAUCGUCAAGCAAGGAGUGGGCCUGUCGUCGCUGUUCGACCUCCGGGACCUCUUCCCUUCGUCGCGGCUAGCUCGGCUUCUGCCGCGCAGCGGCAAGGCGGAGCGGCAGCGUCAGGAAACGUUCAGGCUCAUGGACAACAUCCUCAAGACCCGCGAGGAGAGGAGGAUGGGUAGAGAGGGAGACGACGAACAGGACAUGGUUGACGUGUUGCUGAGGAUCCAGAAACAAGGCAAUACGCGAGUUUCCCUAUCCGACGGAGUCAUAAGGGCACUGCUCACAGAUGUCUUCGCUGCGGCACUUGACACCACAACUACUAUUCUACAAUGGGCGAUGGCUGAACUAAUGAUAAACCCAAGAGUCAUGCGGCGGGUGCAAUCCGAGGCAGAUUAUGUUCUAGCAGGACAUGCCACAGUACAAGAGGCCUCACUAAAAAGCAUGCAAUACCUCAAGGUGGUUAUUAAAGAGACCUUGCGACUACACCCUCCUGCCUCGCUCUUCCCUAGAGUGUGUGUGCAAGACUGCAAGAUUCAAGGAUACGACGUACCACGAGGGGCUACUAUGCUAACCAACACAUGGGCAAUCUCUAGGGACCCGAAGUAUUGGAAUGAGCCAGAAAAGUUCAUGCCAGAGAGAUUUGAAUGCGAUGGUGUUGCCGACUUCAGAGGUUUGGACUUCGAGUUCACUCCUUUCGGUGUUGGGCGGAGGAUUUGCCCUGGGAUUGAUUUUGCAUAUGCAAACAUUGAGAUUGCAUUGGCUAGCCUAAUUUACCAUUUUGACUGGGAGCUUCCUCCCAGAGUGGACCCAAAGGAAAUAGACAUGACAGAGGUGUUUGGAGCAACUGUUCGACGGAAGGCUGAGCUAUUUCUGCGUCCCAUUCCUCGUGUCCCCCUCUAGAUGAAUAACAUUUGCAGAACCACAUACUCUUUAAUAUAUGCAGCUCACAUAUAUGUACCUUAUGCAAUCAUAAUAUAAAUUUCUAUAAAGUACUGUUUGAUAUGCA